UUGAUGAGGAGGCACUCAGGAAGUGCAUCUGGCGUCUCAAAGGAAGGUCGCUGGGUUUCCUAUUAGACGCAAACGUUCGCUUUAUUAGCAAUAUUCACAUGUUUUGUUUGUUAUAAGUAGUGUGUAGUGUACACAUAUACAGGCCUAAAAAUAUGUUUGCCGGGUUACCCGAGCUAGGAAUCUCUAACGGGGAGGACCUAAAGGAAACCCUGACCAACUGCACAGAGCCGCUCAAAGCCAUCGACCAGUUCCAGACGGAGAAUGGGAUCCUGCUGCCCACGCUGCAGUCCGCCCUGCCUUUCCUGGACCUGCACGGCACUCCGCGGCUGGAGUUCCACCAGUCAGUCUUCGACGAGCUCCGGGACAAGCUGAUGGAGCGGGUCGCCAUCAUUGCGGAGGGAAAGGACGAAGACCGGUACGGUAAGCUGGAAGAACUGCUGGAGAAGAGCUUCCCUCUGGUCAAGAUGCCAUCCAUCCAGCCUGUGGUCAUGCAAGUGUUGAAACACCUGCCCAAGGUGCCGGAGAAGAAGCUGAAGCAGGUGAUGGCGGAUAAGGAGCUGUAUAAGGUGUGUGCAGUGGAGGUGAAGAGGCAGAUCUGGCAGGACAACCAGGCGCUGUUCGGGGACGAGGUGUCGCCGCUGCUGAAGCAGUACAUUGUGGAGAAGGAGGCGGCGCUUUUCAGCAGUGACCUGUCUGUCCUGCACAACUUCUUCAGCCCGUCACCCAAGACCCGGCGCCAGGGGGAGGUGGUGCAGAAGCUGACGCAGAUGAUCGGGAAGAACGUGAAGCUGUACGACAUGGUGCUGCAGUUCCUGCGAACGCUCUUCCUACGCACACGCAACGUCCACUACUGCACCCUGCGUGCCGAGCUGCUCAUGUCCCUGCACGACCUGGACAUCAGCGAGAUCUGCUCCGUCGACCCCUGCCACAAGUUCACCUGGUGCCUGGACGCCUGCAUCCGAGAGAAGUUUGUGGAUGCGAAGCGUGCGAGAGAGCUGCAGGGCUUCCUGGACGGAGUGAAGAAGGGACAGGAGCGUGUGCUAGGGGACCUGUCCAUGAUCCUCUGCGACCCCUUCGCCAGCAACACCCUGGUACUCAGCACAGUGAGAAACCUGCAGGAGCUGCUGGGCCAGGACGCCCUGCCCAGGGACAGCCCGGACCUGCUGCUGUUGCUCAGGAUGCUGUCCCUGGGCCAGGGUGCCUGGGACAUGAUCGACAGCCAGGUGUUCAAGGAGCCGCGACUGGAGCUGGAGGUGGUGACGCGCUUCCUGCCGGCCAUGUUGUCGGUGGUGGUGGAUGACUACACUUUCUCCGUGGAGCAGAAACUGCCCAGCGAGGAGAAGAGCUCGCUGACGUACCCCACCUCUCUGCCCGACGCCUUCACCAAGUUUCUGCUGGAGAGCCGGGUGGCGUGUGAGAUGGGGCUGUACUACGCGCUCCACAUCGCUAAGCAGAGGAACAGGAACGCUGUGCAGAGGCUGCUGCCUGCGCUGGUGGAGACCCACAAUGACAUGGCGUUCGGGGACAUCUUCCUCCACCUGUUGACGGGACACCUCGCCCUGCUAUCAGAUGAGUUUGGGACGGAUGAGUUCUGCUCUGCGGUGUUCGAUGGUUUCCUCCUCACCUCUUUCUCCAGUAAGGAGAAUGUACACAGACACACACUGCGUCUGCUGCUGCAUCUCCACCAUAAAGUGCUGCCAUCUCGCCUGGAGGCUCUGAUGAAAACCCUGGAGCCCCCAAAACAGAGCAGUGACCCGGUGAAGGAGCUGUACACUCAGCUGACUGAGAAACUGGAGGCCCAGAAGAAGAGCCCCGCCCAGCCCCUCGAAACCCCCUCCCUCGACCUGGGUCUCCACCCAGUGACGGUGCCCACCACGGCGGCCACGCCCACCACGCCCCUGUGAGGAGGCGGGGCCAAGCGGCAGCGCUGUGCUCCGCGACUGUCCCUGCGGACGCUCACUGCUCACAGCUUAGUGUGUUUUCUGUCUUUUUUAAAAGUGGCAUUUUAAAGCUUUUUCAGGCUUUAAAAGAGUAAAUCUGAG